ACUGUUUCACAAGAAUCUUAAAACUCCUGAGAAUAAUUUUAAUUUUAUUUUUACUUUUUUCGGGUUUUUUAUAUGAAGAGAAUAUAUUUAAGAGCCUGAAUGCCUAAACGAACUGUUGGAUACUUCAAGAAAAGAGCUGAAGGAAUAUUAAAACCCCUUCAAAGUAUCGAAUAACGCGAUAUUUGUUUGGCCAACCCUGCAGUGGGGGUCUUGUUUUUUGUUAUUUGCUUGUUUUUCUGGGAAAAAUACACAUUUAAGAGAAAAAUAAGUAGUUUCGAAGAAAAAAUAAUCUAAGAUCAUGGACGACGACAAACAGCUGGAGAAGGAGCUGGACGAGAUGCCGGUGCAGGAUUUAGAUGAUGAUACCUAUGAUGAAUACGAUCUGAUAGUGAUUCCUGAUCAGAACAAGGCCUCGCCGAAAGAAGAUGAAGUGGAGGAAGUUGAGGAUGAAGAGGAGGAAGUGGAUGAUAUUGACCUACCAAAACGAGACGAGCGAAUACGCCAGCCUUGGCCAUCUUCCUCCGCAGGCGAGGAUAUGACCACCAUUGAGUUGAUCUCUUCGGACGACGAGCCUUCGGUAGAGGAGGGUGCAGGUAAUGACUCGUCCUCCAGCAGCGAUGAUGUGGGCGUAAUCGAGGAUUCUGACAGUGAGCUCUCCAGCGACAACGAUGGACCCGGAGGAAACCAAUUGGAGCGAUCUUACGAGGACCUUAUCGCCCUGCCCAACAAGCAGUUCGCCCAGCUAGUCUCCAUCAGUGAAAUUGCCUUCAAACUAAACGACCUGGAGAAGAUCGAGUCGUCAGUGCUUUCUUUGCAAAAGGUAGCCACUGUGCCGGCUCACAUUUGGCUAAAAUACCUUAAAGCACGCUUGGUAGUGACCCAAACGCCAGACGAGCGUAAGGAAUUCGAGGAUAAAUGUGCCAAAGCAUUAAGCUAUUAUUAUAACAUACCGCUCUCUGAAUUCAUUGUUGGCUACCUCGUGGAUCAGGGAAAUGUGGAUAACCAUAUACUAUGGGCCAAAUUGCUGGCGGACUACGAUAUUGAACGUCCAGAUUUUGGCGAAAAGCUUCGCCCACUGCUCUCCACAAUCUCUGAUGAAAAGGAGUCCAAAGCCUUUGAGGAACUGUUGCAAAAGCACUGUGUCAGUUGGAAAUGUAGCCAGGAACAGCGGCAGAUAAUAAAACCAAUCGUGGACGAUUUUAAGCGUCAUCUGGACGAAAUGAAGACGCAGCACAAUGACUGGGAUUGGUCCAAGAUUCACCAGAGUCAUAUCGCCGAGGUGCAGACAUUGUCAUUUGAUGAUGACCUUAAGAACGCUGUUAUCCGUUUUAUAUUUGAACGCACAGUGGCCAAGUUUCCCAUUGCCGAUAUCCUGUGGCUAUCCUACAUCAAAUUUAUACAAGGCGAAGGCGGUAACGCGGAAGAAGAGGACGAAGAAAAUGCGGAAUUGGCAGCGAAGAGAGCAAGUCGUUUAAGCAAAGGCUUCUUGUGCAGCACAGCUUUAGAUUUAGCAAAGCGUGGAGUACGAAGUCGCCCCAGCGUCCGACUGAAUCACAGAUUCCUUGAUCUAAUGGAGCGCGCCGAUUAUGAGCAGCCUGAAGUUGACCAACAGAUACGCACAAUAUUGCAGCGUAUAGUACCCGAUAUGACAAUGACGGUGGAGCUUCAUUUGGACUAUCUGGCUUAUCGAGUGCGCAACACUAAUGCUGGGGAUGAAGAACAGGCCACCAGCUUGCGUGCCGCCUUUAAUCGCGUUUGGGAAGAACUCUCCGCUCUUUAUGGUGACGAGGCAGACACCAGGUAUGAGGUGCUGCAGCUUUGGGCCCAGGUGGAGUACACACAUUUGGCCAGUCCCGCCAAUGGAUCCCAUAUUUGGCGGCAGAUAAUGGGUUAUCCGGGCAGCUCACAUCGUGGUUUGCUCUGGUUGGGUUUCGCCCAGAUGGAAAGCGAGUAUAAUGCUGGUCAGGGCACUCGUGAUGUUCUUCGCGAAGCUUUGUCUCAGCCCAGUUUGGAAGAUGGCAUCAUGGUGCAAGAGCUUUACCGGCGUUAUGAACGCUGUUAUGGCACCUAUGAGUCCAUAGCGGCCUGUCAGGCUCUUGAAUUGCCAACUGAAUAUAUAAAGCUACGUCCCCGUAUGAAGCCAAAUUCUCAGCAGGCGAAUUCUCGCCAACAGCAGCCUCGACAGCACCAACCGCGCCAGCAACAACAACAGAAUCGCGAGCCACUGAAUCGCGAACAGCGGCGUCGUCUGGCGCAUGAGCAGCAGCAAGGAACAAAAAGGCCCCCGCCUAAAUUGGCAUCUAAGGCUGAAUUACCAGAUGUUCCUCCGUCACAAUCGAAGGUCAGACUCACUGGGCAGUCGGCAGCAGAGACCCGGGAAUCUAAUUUUAAGUAUUCGCCCCAUUUGGAGAUCAACAAAAUCUUUGUGAGGAACCUUCAUCCCGCCUGCUCCAAAGAAGAGCUGCAAGAGCUGUUCUCGCCGUUUGGCAACAUCAAGGAUGUGCGUCUGGUGCACAAGCUGAACAAACAGUUUAAAGGCAUUGCUUAUGUGGAGUUUGAACUGCCAGGUGAAGCUCAAAGAGCUGUAGCUGGACGCGAUGGUUACCUCUUAAAGGGCAUGAAUAUUUCCGUGGCUAUUUCGAAUCCACCACCCAGAGGUUCCUCCUCUGAUAUACCCAAGCCCAGUGUGGCGCCCAAAAGACGUGUGCCCACCUCAUUAAUACCAACGACAUUGGUACGCCAGGAGGUGGCAGCAAAGAAACGUCGUCUGCUGCAGGUCACCACGGAUCGCGACGGUGUCGAGCCAACAACAUCGACUUCAGCUGGGGCUGACGAUUCCACUGAGCCUGAGGCUAAUGGUAAAUCCGUGGAGAAAAAAGAAGAGCAGCCAGCCACUGCGCCAAAAUCUAAUGAUGAUUUUCGCAAGCUGUUUCUUAAGGAUUAAGCCAUAAUCCAUCCUGUCGAGCCAGGAGCCAGACGUUAGCCACUGCGAUUAGUUUGUUGUCAAGGACGAAUAUUCGGAAUUUACAUUUUAAGAUUUUAGGAAGCCUAAAUUGAACCAAAAGGUUAAACAAUUGUACAAAAUGAAGCAGACGUAAGACAAUGAAUGAUUUUUCAAUUCAUAAUUGGUUUGAGUUGUAAACCAAGUAAAAAUGAAAUUUUAAAACACGGAAUAGGAUGUACAUCUCAAUUUGUUAUCAAGAAGUAUAUAAAUAUAUAUAUGUAAGCAUGUUUUAAAUGUA